GACUUCAAGUGUUGAGCGGUUGAUAGAAUGUGGUUGUUUGUUGGGAAUAUAUGUGAUGUUUUUUAGUUUGUGUGGUCGCUCAGAUAUCGGAUACCAGUAACUCAGCUGUUGGGUACAGGUUACACCAGUAUCUCACGGUUCAGGAUUUAUGGUAAAAGAUGAAACGCUUCAGAGGUCAAAACAUCAAUCUGUCCCAUAUGGUGUAUGCCUCCACUAACAAAAAAACUGCUGCUCAUGAGCACACAUUUUUCAUGUGAAUUACCGUUUUUAUAUCCUCAUACUUUUUUUAUAUGUAAAUACGAGUUUUUCAGUGUAAGCGAAAAGUAGGAUCUUGUUAAAAUAUUUUAUGCUGAAAAUUCAGUUGUGCCUGGUACUAAGUACUGAAUAAAGGGAUUAUUAUAAUUCUAUAAAAUUACCGUAAACAUCAUCAGCAGUAUAGAUGUCAUGUGACUAUAGUGUGUGGAAUUUAUGUCAAAUAAAGUAAUUUACAUCUACACUUUAAUAAAACGAAUCUCGCUGAAAAAAAUACCAUACAGAUUUGUGUAUUGAGAAUUGGAAACCUACAAUCUGUGUUAGCCCUUUUCUGGUAAGCUUCUGAGUGUCUGGUUUUCUUUUGAAUUAGUCAGUUGAAGAGGUGAACACCAUUCCAGGUAACAGGUUCCAAGAAUUGAUUACUCGGUAGUCGCCUUCUGUACUUUACUCAAACUAUCCCAGUCACCUUUUAAACAGGGGCUUGCAACCUAAACUCAGUUUUCAAGUUUGUAUCUCACUAAGGUUGUAUAUACUGUGGUGAACAUAUUAGUAUCUAACUUGGCAAACGUCCGUCUUAAAACUCACUGGGUUUUAAACCCCUCGGCUGCGACCUCAAGACAAUGGACCAUGGUUUUAAGAUCAUGGCUCAUUUUCAUCUCAGGAUCCUUGUUAAACCAGACUCUGGGCACUGAUUUAUUCUAUGCUGUACCUAUUUGCAUUUUUAUCCGCAAUGUGCAUGUAAACAUACUUGACCACGUUGAUAGGUAUCAACCACUUUUUAGAUCAGUUAAUCAAAACAUCUAAGUCUAGCUGAAGUGCACAUGCAUAUACAUCUCCUAUUAUUUCUCUUCAGAUUUUUACAUCAGCGUAUAGUAGCAUCGGGGACUCAACCUUACCUGGGAGUUCAUUUACAUACGGUAUAAAAAGUAAAGGGUCUAAGACAAAGCAUUGAGGUACUGCACUAAGUAUUAGUUUUCUUGAGAAUCAUUUGGGAUUCAUUCUUAAUUUCUGACUACGACCUACCAAGAAAUCCUUAACCCACUUUAGGAUAGGACCGGCUAUUCUUGGAUUUCCCAGCCUCGAGAGUAAUUUAUUUUUUGGCACUUUAUCAAAUGCUUUGAUGAAGUCUACGUAGACAUCAUUCACUGAUUUCUCUCUGUCCAUUGCUCCCGCUAUAAGGGAGCUUGUUGUGCAAUAUCAUUCUUUCUUGAAGCCAUGUAGUUCGCUGUUUAACAAGUUGUUGGUUUCCACGGAUGUCAUUAUAAUCUUUUUGAUUAUUCUUAGCAGUGUUUUAACUACGGCACUGGUGAGGCUGACAGGUCUAUAGUUUGAUGGAAGUUGUGUUGAUCCUUUUUAUAUGUUGUAGUGAAAAUUUUGUCCUAGUUCGUAGGUCACUUGGCCAAUUGACAUAUUGAUUAUCGUAGUCAGUUAUAUUAAUACUCUAUUUUUUUCCUAGUAAGAAUAGGCAUUUCGUAUUAUUGAUUUUAGCAGAUCAAAGAAAAGUAACAAAGAUGCCUAGUGUGACUACAACAAGUACUGUCAAUUCAUCAGGAGUUCGUUUAAUGCGUAAAGCUUCAUGUACUGGUGCCAACGAUCAAGCUACUAAUUCUUCGUUUCAACAUAAUCCUGACAGAAAAUCAUUAAGAGAUCAACCAAAUGUAGGGAAAUAUAAAUUAAUUCGUACACUUGGUCGUGGUAAUUUUGCAAAAGUCAAAUUAGCACAACAUGUUUCAACUGGACGUGAAGUUGCUGUGAAAGUGAUCGAUAAAACUCAGCUUAAUCAGGCCAGUUUGAAAAAACUAUUCCGAGAAGUUAAUAUUAUGAAAAUGUUAAAUCAUCCAAACAUUGUUCGCUUGUAUGAAGUGAUCGAAUCUGAACGUCAUGUAUAUCUAGUCAUGGAAUAUGCAGAAAAUGGCGAAGUAUUUGAUCACCUAGUAGCACAUGGUCGAAUGAAAGAACGUGAAGCACGUGCUGCAUUUCGUCAAAUUGUCUCAGCAGUUGAAUAUUGUCAUCAAAAGAAAAUUGUACACAGAGAUUUAAAGGCUGAGAAUCUUCUCUUCGAUGGAUAUUAUAAUAUUAAACUUGCCGAUUUUGGUUUCUCCAAUCUUUUUGAUGGAUCUAAAAAAUUAGAUACUUUUUGUGGUAGUCCACCAUAUGCUGCACCAGAAUUAUUUCAAGGACGUAAAUACGAUGGUCCAGAAGUGGAUGUAUGGUCUUUGGGUGUAAUUUUAUAUACACUUGUCAGUGGAUCAUUACCAUUUGAUGCACAACAUUUAAAAGAUUUACAAGAACGUGUAUUACGUGGCAAAUAUCGUGUUCCAUUCUAUAUGUCAACUGAUUGUGAAGCAUUAUUACGUAAAUUAUUGGUAUUGAAUCCAGCCAAAAGAAUGACUUUAAGGAAUGUCAUGUCUGAUAAAUGGUUAAAUAUUGGCUAUGAAGAUAAUAUUUUAAAACCUUAUACUGAACCACCUCCGGAUUAUAAUGAUACAGAGAGAUUAGAAAUUAUGCGUAUUAUGGGUUAUCGACCGGAUGAUGUCCGUGAAGCUUUAAUCAAACAAAGUUUUAAUAAUGUCACUGCAAUUUACUUAUUAUUAGCUGAUCCAAAAACAAGAUUAACUUUACCAGCUGGUAGUCUAUUUCCAUCUAAUCAAUCACAAUCAUUGCAUGGGAAUAUAGGACUUAAUCAUCAUCAUCAAUCAUCCGGUUCUGAAGGUGUUACAAUUGAUGCCUCCUCUACUCCUGCUACUGUGACAGAAGAUGAAACUAAUCCAUCAUCGAAAGUUCAGUCUUCCCUAGACAAUUCCAAUGGAAACAAUAAUAAUAAACAGAAAACUAAUCAAAAUGGAUUAACCUACCAAAGCAAAAAAGAGUCCGGACAAGACGGUAGUGGAUCUCAACAUAAUGGAGUACGACGGAUCAGUGGUAUCUCUUGGAUGAAGCAAAGUGCAAGUGCUGGUCCAACAUCUAAUAGACAAGAGAAAUUGAGUGUAGAUGAAAAAUCUCGUCCGCUUCCACGUAUUCGUGUAUGUGAUCUACGCGAACGUGGUAAUGAUUCUAAUCUGGAUGAUUCUUCUGCUCAAGAGAAAAUCGAUGAAAGUAAAGAUAUAAUGAUGGAAUCCUCUAGUGGUGGUGAUCAAUUAUCUGUACGACGUAUGAAUACUUUUAGUAUGUCAGAUAAAGUUCGUCCAACUGGUUCAGAUUCCCAAUCACCUAAUCUAAAAUGUCCAUUAUCUAGAGCACCACCAAUGUCAAAUAUACCAAACUCAUUAACUACUCCAACAACUAGUAGUAGUGAAAAUUCGCCGAUCAAACAAUCAGCUGACAAAUCUUCAUCAGCGUCAUCUUCAUCAUCAUCACCUAGUAAGCAGAAUAGUAAUGAUAAAAAAGAGAAUACAAAAACAUUUUUCGAACAACAAACAAUUAAAUUAAAUCAAGCUGUUCCAUAUUCAGAAGAGAAUCCCUUCCUCGGAUGGUUACGAAGGACACUUCCUUAUCAAAAGAAGCAUAAAGAUACUUCCAUUCAUUCCAAACCUAAAACAGCAACUUUAUCUAAUACUAAUAAUAAUAAUAAUAGUAAAGUUUCUACAAAUGAUACUAAUUCUAUCAUUGAUAUAUUACAUACAAAUGAUCGACAAAAGCAUCAACAUAAUGAUGUUAAUCGUUCAAGUAUUCCUUAUUCAUUAUUUAAUAGUAAUAAAAGUAAAAAGUUAAAGAAGUUAUCAUCAUCUAAUCAAUCUGAUGAUGAUCAUCAGAAAAUAAAUAAUAUGAAUACAAAAAUAUCUGAAUCAUUCACAUUCACUGAUAGUCAUUCUUCAACAUUAGAUCCAACAUCAUCGUCGGGUACAAUGAAUUCUGCGCAAAUUAAACAACAACAUAAUAAUAAUAAUAAUAAUACUAAACAAUCUUCAUCUCCUAGUCGUCGAAUUGCAUUACCUGAUUCAAUUUUCAAAGCAUUAGAUACAUUGAAUACAGUUGAGAAGACUGAAGAUGAUGAUAAGAAAAAGUCUGAUUCAAAAUCACAUGGUUCUAAAUUACCUACAACAACAACAACAACAGCAUCAUUAAAAAGAGAUUCAAUUAUUAAAUGGUCAGUACGUCAUCGACCAAAUAAUACCAUGAUGACUAAAACUAACAAUAUUCCUGAUGAGUCGAAACAAGUGACAACAGAUAAGAAAAUUGUAGAUCUUAAUCAAAAUAUCAAUGGUUCCACAGAAUUAAAAAAUUCUUCAGAUUCUUCAAUGACUAUAGAGAACCCAUCAACUAUAGUUUCAAAGAAUGAAUCAUCUAGUCGUUCUAGACCAGGACGAUUCUUCCGUAGUCUAACAUUAAGGAUAGCUCGAAGUUUUCGAUGUGGUCGUUUUAAGUCAGGUCAUACAAAUCAUCAUCAUAAUAAUAAUCGAAUCAUUUCUAGUAUGCAAAAAUCUAUUCAUAAACAUAAAUAUACUACUAAUACUAAUUCAAAAUCAUAUAAAACAAGUUUAUUGAAAUCGUCUAAUGAUGAAGCUGAAUUAACCGAAGAAAUUCAUUCAUCUAAUCGAUUACAUACUUCAUCAUUAACACAUUCCACAUCAUCAUCACCAACAAGAUCUAGUCAUCCAUCUACAGCACAACAUCAUCAUCAUGAUGAUAAUAAUGAUGAAGUGAAUGAUGAUGAUAAUAGUCAUGACAUAAUGAAAUGUCUUGUGUCAGUUAAUCCAGAUCCAUGGAUAACUAUGGAACCUGGAAAACAUCAUCAACAACAACAACAGCGUAAGGAUUUAAUAUCAAAAUCCAAACGAUCAUUAUCUAGUGAAUUAGAUACUGAUAAAUUAAAACAACAGCCUGCACCUCUUCACCAUUAUCCACAUCAUUAUGGAUAUGAGUUUUCCACUAAUAACACACUGGUUAAUAAUCAAUCUAUCGCUGGUGAUGGUUGUCAAAAAAAGAUCGGAGUCGAACCGUGUUGCCUCGACCUUCCAACGUCGAAAACUGUAGUCAUAACUUCCGACAUGCAUAAAUUAAAAGCUACAACUUACACAACUUCAUCAUGUACAGCAUCAUCUACAUCAACUACAUCAUCUCCAUUGACAGUUACAACAGCUUAUACAACGAGAAUAAUAAAUUGUAAAACAACUACCUCAUCAUCUGAUCAUCAUCCUUCUUUUUAUUAUGGUGAGAAUGAAAAUCAAAAAUUAUGGAAACCACGUCGUUUAUAUUUUGUAUUAAAUCUUCCAAUUCAUGGAACUGAUCCACAUAUAUUAUUAAUACAAAUGAUUGAAUUAAUAAAACAUUAUCAAUGUUCAUAUGAAUUUCUUAGUUCAUAUCGUUUACGUUGUACAAAAUUGAUUCAUUCUUCUACUUCUUCUCCUCCUUGUUCUACUUCAAAUGAUAAUAAUAGACCUAUUCGUGAUACGGAUGUUAACCAACCACUAGAACAUUGUACAUUAACAUCUCAACAACAACAACAACAGCAGCAACAGCACCCCCAAGAUGUACCUCAAUUACCUUUACUAUUAUAUUCAAAAGAUAAAACACAUUUAUUAAUAUGGGAUAUGGAAAUAUUUCAAUUAGCUAAACCAAUUCAUUAUGGUGUACGUUUUAAACGUAUUUCAGGCAAUCAGAAUGCAUUCAAAAUAAUGAUUAAGUAUUUUAUUUAUCAUCAUAAAGUAUAAUCUUAUCAUAUACACUGAAUGUAUGCUGUAUUUGUUCUUUACAAAAAAAGAACCUUCAAGUUUCCUAUCUCCUUCAAUUUAUAUGAUUGUUGUAUAACUAAUGGAUCCAUGUCAACAUUUACCAUUUAGUCUUUAUGAUUGUUGUCGUUGUUGUUGCUGAUGGUGGUACUGGUAUUGCCAUUACUGUUAUUGUCAAUGUUAUCUUUUGCUUCUAAACUUUUCUUUCCCUUUUUUUUGAUCUCAUGUUUACUACUGAAAUCAAAUAAACGACUACUUAUUUAAGUUAUAUAUAUAUAUAUAUAUUUUCCUUUUAAGAAAAGAUAAUUAACCAUUAUUGACUAUUGAAUAAUAAUAACCCAUUCAAAUAAUAAUCAUGUUUCUUUCUUUUUUUAUUACUUUUACAAGAAUAAACGAAAAACCAACAACAAAAAAAGAAGAAACCAUAUUGAUUCAAUAUAUGUAGGUACUAAAAUUGUGUUCCUUGUUUGUUUGUUUGUUUGUUUGUUUGUUUCUCCUUGUUGUUUGUUAGUUGGUUUUAUCAUGUUCUUUCUUUUAAAAUAGAUUUUAUUUUAAACAAACAAAUGAUAUAUGACUUGUUUUAUUCUUUUGUUCCCUUUGUUUGUAUAAUAUCACCAUACUUAUAUAGAUAGACAUAUUUAUGUAUUCUGCCUUUUUUUGUUUCUUUUAAAUUUAUUCACUUUUCAUCAACUAUUCAGUUGCUAUGUAUGCAUAUGUAUGUACAUGUUUGUAGGUGUAGGUGUGUGUACUUGUGUGUGUGUAUGUGUAAUAACUCAGUUACAGUUGAUUUUCAUCAACUCUAUUAGUUCUUCAAUAAAUCUGUUUUUGUUUUUCUUUUUUUUUUAAUAAUCUUAUCACAGUUUUGCUUAUCAUUUAACCAUUGAUUAUUCAUAAUAUAAAUAUGGAUCCAUUUAAUAUAUGAUCUCAUAUGUCAGGUUUUUUCUUUCAUUUAACCCGGUCUUUAUUAGUUGGUUUGGUUUGGUUUGAUUUGAUUUAUUUAUUUUUCAACCUUCUCAAUCAUACAUUUCCUUUCUUUUAAAAAAAAAAACAAACUCUUGAUGUACUAUUCUGUACGUGUGUGUGUGUGUGUGUGUACGCGCGCACGCAGGCAACUACUUGUUUCUAUGGUUAAACUUACUACAUUGAUAAUUGUACAAUAUACAUUUAUUCAAACUAUUCAUUUCUGUUUCUUCUUCUCUUUUUUUUGUAUAUUUUAAUUUCCUGCCUUAUCAACCAUUUUAGUUAUAUUAUUAUAUUAAUUAUGUUAUAUUCUAUGCUUGCUUAUUUACUACAUUUAAUCAAUGAUAAGAAUUAAUAGGGAUAUAAAACUAUAAAGAAUGACAUUUUAUUUUUAUUGAUAUGUUCAAUUCAUAAUAUAUCAAUAUACAUGAUGGUUAAUUCUUUCCUAUUCCUUCUUUUAUGUUUUACUAAUAUUAUUCUAUAGGUAUGUUUAUGUUUUAUUGUUUCUUUAAUACAACUCCUGUAUUAUGUAACAUGUGUAUGUGGGUGUGUGUCUGUGUGAUAUUAUGUAAUCAUUUUGGCUGAUUAUAUCAUACAGUGUAACCUUUUUCAUGUUGUAUGUAGUAGUAGUAGUAGUAGUUAAAUCCAUGGUCAUUUGAUUGUUCCGUCUUUUAUGUGUGUGUGUGUGUAUGUGUAUGUGUUGGUAUUGUAGAUACGAUCAUAACUAUUUAUUCUUGUUCUAAUUAUUUUUCAAACCAUUUUACCUAAUUUACCACGUCUCUCUGUCUAUUAUUAACAGAAUAUUAAAAUAAAUAAAUAAAGAAGAAGAAGAAAAAAUGAACGUGUUUCUCAUCGUUACCUUUAGUUUUUGUUAUUGUUAUUCUUUAUAAAAUGAUGUAUGAAAUAGCCGUCUUGAUUAUUUUGAGAUGGUAAAGAAAAUUUAUAGUUCAGUUAGAUGAUUUUGAUGGAGA